AUGACCGAUCUUCCGUCCAGCUCACCCAAGUAUGGUUUCAUCCGGAGCGUCGCGGAGGAGCUUCUGCGAGCCAACGACAGCUCCAAGGAUCUCAAUCUCUCUGAAGCCAAUCGCCGAGCGCUUCUCCAGGCGUUUUCCCGGACCAUUUCCCGCCUCGAGAGCUCCUUGAAACGCGGCCAGGCUUCGUCGUUCGGCCUCACGCAGAUUUUGGAUCAGGUUUCUUGGGGCGCGGCUGCUGCUGCUGCAGUGGCCGUCGCAGCAAGCGGAGGAGGAGGCGGGAUCAGCGGAAGCGGCGGAAAUGGGAAAAUUCGGCGGAUGCCAGGGGGAAAUGGCGGGGAGAAUCCUCUAGCGGAGAAGCUUUCUCAGGAGCUGCUGUGGCUGGUGCUGAAGCUUCAGGGUCGGAAGGGAAUCGAACAAGUGGUGGAGGUUUGGGCGGAGGCUCGGGUUCUGUCUGAGCUGGCAGUUCGAUCUUCACCACGUGUGCAGCUGAAUCUUCUGAAGCUGACGUGUAUUGUGCUGGAUUUGGUCUCGUCCCACGUGGUGUCAUGUGAUGUGAAGUCGCAAGAGCACCUGCUGCUGCACUGGAUGCCGUUGCUUUGUCAGUGUCCGAACACAUCCGACGGCCUGCUCUCCACUGACAGUAACCGACAGAGGACAGAGGAGGACAUGUGCACAAUAAUUACUCGCCUGCCUGCUGCAAGUCAGGAGCUGGUCUACGUGGCAUGGCUGCAUGAGUACACAUGGUCAACCUCUGAUUGGCCAAACCUGCAUCCUGCCUUCCUCACCUGGUGUGACACUUCCCGGGCUAACCCUGACCAAGUUACCACUAACCAUGGUGAAACAAGCCAAGCCUUGCAGCAAUCCCUUGUCAGCGCGUAA